AUGAAAAGCAAGCCUAACUUGAAUAUAACUGUAAAGGGCGCCCAAUUGCUUCAAGAUCUGGAUCAAUAAAAAGGCAGAGGAAAACAAGAUCCGCAAGCCAUAAUUCAAUUGGGAUCACAGAAGUUCAAAACAAAAGCGGCAACAAAUUAAGGAAAAGUCCCAAUUUGGAAUGAGACCUUUUAAUUUGUCUAUGAUCCCAAAAAUUCGAACUUAACAGUCUCUGUCGUUGAUGUUGAUCUGCAAAAAAAAAACCCUGAGGAAUUAAUUGGAAAAGGAGUUCUGGAUUUAAAAAAUGCAGAAACAGCUCCUGAUUGGUUGGUUUCAGUCCCUUUGUAUAAAGAUUAAAACGACAUGGGGUCAUUGGAAUUGGAAUUCGAUUUCAUAGGAAAACAGAAGCCAGUUGCCAAGAGAGACAAAAGCGAAUUAGGUUCAGAAAGAUAAUUAGAUAAAUCAAAUAAUAAUAAUUCUAUCUCAUCCAAAUAGGGAUAAAAGUAGUAAUAGGAUAAUAAUAAUUAUGAUUUUCAAACCGUUAAUAUAGAGACGCAACAAGCAGAAUUGAAGAGAUGGAUCUAAUAAAUAUAAGAAAGAGAAUACAUAAAUACUCUCAAGUACUUAGAGGAUUCAAGAUUACAAGCUGCUAUAGAAAGGGCUUUGAAUUAAGUUGCCGAACAAAAUCCUAAAGAUUAAAUUGAUUAUUUUGCUGAUUGUUUAUUAAAAUUUAAGUGAUAAUGACAAGCAUUUCAUACAAUGCAAAAAAAUUAAGACCUUUCAAAAUAUAAAAGGAAGCCUUGUAAAAUGAUCUUAAUAAAUUGUCACAAGAAUACCAAGAGGAAGAAAAGCUAAAUGAUCUCUAUUUUGAUGAAAUAGGGAGAGCUGAAAAAGUAAUUUUCCAAGAUGACUUAGGAAUUUGAUGCAUUAUAAAAAUAUUUUGAUCAGCACCAGAAAUAGCAUCAAGAUAAGACCAGCGGUCCUAUUACUUAGGAAUCCCAGGGAAUUGAUGCUAAAUUAGAACAUGAAGUAACCAAGACAUUGAAAUUAUUUCUCCUUAAUAUUAGUAAGAAAGAAACAUUGGAAAUUAUUUAAGAAAAGGAAUUACAAAAAAGAUUAUAGCGAAAUCAAACCUUCUAAUUAACCUUGAACCAAAAGCAGGAAGAAGAAAAUGUCAAAGUUGAAGAUGAGGAACUAGACAAUGGAUAUUUUAUAACAUUAAGAAAUUAAUUCAACUCUGUAUAAGUCAAAGUUCCUGGUACAAUUAAAACCUUUAGAGAAUUGAAGUAAAUUGUCAGAUCUUGCUUUAUGGCCGAAGACAAUGAAAUAUUUUAUACAGAUUAGAUGGGUAAUUUACUAUAAUUUGAUAUGAACAUAUUAAACGAAUUAUAUCCCCCAAUUUAUGAAUUACUCAGAAACUACGAACCUACUGUUGGAGUUCAGAUUGUCAAACAAAAAAAAUAAAAAGAUGAUAAAACAAACCUAUCUCAACUCGAUGAGGUUUUAUUCACAGAAGCAUACCCUGAUGGAUUAACAAAGGUUUUUAGAUAAACCAGAAGAAUGGAUAAUAAAGUCAAUUGGUCCUUGUAUUUAGGGUAUUUGAACAAAGUCAAAUAUUUUUUUGAAUCUUGUCUCUUUAUACUCUUACUCUUUUUAUUUAUCUAUACGGAAAUAAACCAAAUCAAAUUCGUUACUAAUACUCAAAUACUAGCUUCCUUCUAAAAUUCAUAUCCUAUUCAAAGAUCUUAUCCUUAACCUGUGUUCAAUUUAUCAACUCUAAUUCACCAAACUCUGGCAGAAGAAAAUGAUGAUCAAAAAUUUUACAAUUACCCUUUAAAAUCAGGAUUGUUAAUUUAAAAAUUAGUUUAAGAAGAAAAUAUAGAUGAUUGUCAUAUUUUGAAUGAAAAUCAAAAAGAAAUGUUCCUAUAAAAAAAUUAAAGCUGUUUGAAUUUUGAUAAGUUGUUUUCUGAUGAUUUAGAUGGGGAUUAUACUCAAACCGAGUUCGAUCCAUCUAAAUAUGAUAGUUAUUAUGGAGGAUACGUUUGGCAACUUAAUCUCACAGAUCAGAACAGUUUCUAGAAUAGCAUGGAAGAGAUUCAAUCUUAAACGUGGCUAAAAUACAAUAUUAAAUAAUCAUAAUUCAUUUUAAAUUAUUUUAAUAGUCCAACUUAAAGAUUGAUAUAAGCAACAAUCACAACGCUUUACUUAUUUAAUGAUGUAAAAUUUAGAAUAGAUUUAGGAAUUACUCAAUUAUAAUACUAUGUAAACACAGGCUUUUGAUUUAAACCCUUAAUCAGAUACUGAAGAACUUGCUCAGAAUCUCAUGUUCUAUAUCGCUAUACUUUUACUUGUUCCUUCAUUUUUUGGUAUUGGACUCAAUAAUUAUUUUCAGACUUUUUUGGAUUUUAUUUCAUCGGAACUUAAAAUGCCUUAAUUGUAAUGUAUUUACAAUAUAUGGAACUUUUAAACAGAAGAAAAAAGAUGCAGUCAAGAAAAAGAGACUUAGCCCCACAAGAAGAAAGAGAAUUUUAAUAAAAGAAAUUGAUUUUAAAUGAAUUUUUCAUCUUCAAUCUAAAAGUCCUUUAUGUAGUCAUUAAAAUUCCACUUAUAUUUGACAUUAUUUGUAAUUGUAUUUACAUAUGCUAGAUAUGUUAAGCAAUGUUAGCAUACUAAUAAGAAGCACCAUAUCGAAAUCAUAUCAAGAUUAGUUAAAUUUAAUUGUUGUUGGCUCUAAUUCAUAUUAAGAUGUCUCAAAAUUAAUAACUCCCCUUUACACAUCAAGAAUUUAUGAUGGAAUUUAAAUGUUGUUCUUAAUGAUCGCUAUUAAUAGAUUUUUAGGCAAUUGGAGUCCAUAUCUAAAGUGCUAUGGCUUAGUUAUGAUAAGGGUAAAUGUUGAUAGGGAUAUUAUAGUUUAAUAAAGAAUCCUGGUUCUUACUAUUGGUGUUGAUAUUUAUUAUUAGCAUUUGCGCUAUGUCUUGGAGUAUCACAUUAUAAGGGAGGUUAGUAAAUCAUGAUAAUUUCUUUUAUUCAUUUAUUGGAUUAUUAAGAUGCACUCUUAAGUAUGGGAUGCAUAAUGAUAUAGCAGAAUAAGGAUUCGAUAAUAAUUACGUUAAGGAUAUAAGUUAUUCAUUUGAUACAAGAUAUGUAUUAAUAUUAUUAAAUUAGAUUCAAUAUGUCAUUGUUAUGGUACUUUCUAUGAUUAUGGUACCAAUAUUUAUUUCUUUGAUGACACAAUAAGUACACAAUACAAAAGAAGAAGCUAAAUAAAAGAUGAUGGAAUAUAAAAAAUGA